AUGUCCCUGUUCAAGACGAGGGGCUUCUGGCAGACGGGCUGCGAGCAGCAGGAGGACUUCGACCAGAACUCGAUGAUCGUCACGCCGUUGAACGGCAACGACGACUACGUGAUAACGGGCAGCCAGGCGGGCGUUCUGAGGAUAUUCAAGCCGAAUUGCGGGGUCUCGGAGGACGGCGGCGUCGGCGGGUUCUCCCCCGAGGAUCUGAUCGUCGAGAUCGCCUUUCGGGAACCGAUUCUGCAAAUCGGCUGCGGGAGGCUCGUUUCGGGUUCACUCGUAUAUCAAACGGCCGUUUUGAAUCCUCGGUGUUUAUCCGUGCAUUUAUUAAAAAUUAAAGAAGGCGGCGCAGCAGGUUACAGUUCGCAAAAUACGUUUGAGCAAAUAUAUGAGCACCGGUUGGAGAGAUCGGCGGCGAAUUUCACGAUAGGUCAAUUCGGCGGCGUCCGGAACAGGGAUUUCAUAUGCGUUCAAACAUUGGACGGUACACUAGAGUUUUUCGAGCAAGAAAACCGCACGUUUUCCUGUUCCCUGUCGAAUUUCCUGCUGCCCGGGCCGCUGGUUUUCGUGAAAAAAACGGACAGCUUCGUCACAGUCGACGGAAACUGGUCGGUAGUUUCAUACAAAUACAACGCCCUAUCAGAAGGAGGCGACGAAAGCAAUGUAGAAAAUUGUAAAUACAAGAAAAUCAAUCCUACAUGGACGUACAAUUUAGGUGAAAACGUACUCGAUAUAGCGGUCGUCGAAGACGCUGUCAAUAAUCUCAAUUAUAUCGUAAUUCUGGGAGAAAGAAAUUUGUUCUGUUUAUUCGAUACCGGACGAUUGAAGUUCAUGAAGAAACUGGAAUAUUCUCCAAUGUGCUUCGAAACUUAUGUGAUAUGCGAAAGAGUUUAUAGCCUAGUCGUAUCGGACACGAGCAAUCUUCUAGUGUACGAAAACACGACUUUAAAGUGGUCAGCCAAGCUGAACUUCCUGCCCAUCUCCGUCCGAAGAACCUUCCUUAAGAACGUUAAAGGCGCCUUGGCCUUCCUAUCAGAAGAAGGCCGCCUGGAGUGCUGCUACUUGGGCACUCAACCUAAUCUAUUCGUAGCUCCACCGUUGGUAGAACGUGAACUAGACUUGCUGAAAGUCGAAGAGGAACUGUCCACUUUGAAUAAAACGAUUAGAGAAACUUAUGGCAAUGAGCUCCAUAUGACCGAAAAAACGGCGGACAAGGAAAUGACUAUAAAAAUUCAAGUCGACCCCAACUUAGAGCCCUGCACGUUCCCCAGCAACGUUGCCAAUGUCCAAAUGUGCACCGUUUACGUAGAAAUCGUUCCCCACUUGGCCUUCGACGAACUCCAAGUAUCCAUAGACGCUGCCAAACCGCUAAAAGUGCACCCUAGCGGCCAAUUUUUCAACGGCUGCGAGGAGGUGAUAAAACUGAAGAGCUUCGUCUUCCUGGAGGAGGACGCGAACGUGCCAAGCUUGAGCCUCAUCGUCGUAGUUACCGCCAUAUCUUCGGCGGGGGUUCCCAAAAGUUUCAACGACGUCGCCCUCUUGCCUUUGCGCCUGGUCAUGGAGAUUUGCUCGGCUCAAAAGGAGGCCAAACACAAGGUCACGCUCAAUGUGGAUCCGAACGUUGUUUCUUUGACUGAUUUGUUUCCAGAAUAUGCAGAAGAUAAUAAAAUCACGAAUGCAAUAGCAUUCGAGCCAAUAUCGUCUUCAACCGAACCAGUUACGAUUCUACUAGCAAAAUCGUCCAACAGAUAUCGAAUUCAAACAUCGUGCUUUUCUUUAUUGAGUGUUAUUGUCGAGCAAAUGAUCCACCGGUUGGAAAAGUAUUACAAAAACCUCGACGGAUUUGGAGUAUUUUACAAUGCUGCUCUGCCAUCCAACGAAAUCGUGGUGUAUGUUAAAGAGCAUUUCGAGAAGAGAAAUCGAGUUUGCUACUUAGAGAACGCUUUGGAUAAAUUGUGCGCUCAGUUCAGAACGAUUCAAAAGCGGUUAAUAUCGAAAUUCAAAGUGAAAGAACCGACGCCUCUGCUUAAUUUAGAGAUAUUAAUGAAAGAUACCUAUAAAGAGACAUUAAAAGCGACGGAGUCCUUGCGAAAGGCCAACGAUGAGCUACUCAAAGCGCAAAUUGAGCUGACAUGCGCUUUAAAACUCACAGGGCAACUCAUCAAAUUGACGAAGAUCGAGGAUGGAUUGAAAAAUACUUUGGUGUCCGCUUUUUGCGCGACGGUCGAGGACUUGGAAUCGCAGAAUUGGGAAGAUACGAUGGACGCCGUUCUAUCUCAUCUUCUACGAACUACUUUAGCUAAAAACGAGAAAGACAAAUUGAGGAUAUCUCAAACUCAAAUCGAGAAAGUGACGGAUAUUUCCAAGAUGGAGAGGCACCUCGUACAAGUGCUGGAGAGAGUAAUGAAAAUUGAAAAUACCUCAACGAAUCGGACAGAAGAAGGUAUUGCAGAGGUUAUUCAAGAAACAACAAUGGAAUCGGAGUUAGAUAAAGAAGAAGAAAAACUGCUGGGAAGUCAAUUCGGUGAAUCCAGCUUACGAUUAUUAUCGGCAAGAAAAAGUCUAAAUAGGAGGCAUCAAAAAACCGAACAAUCAGAAGAACCAAAAUCUACAAAUUAA